AUGUUGCUCUCGAGUGUUGCUCUGGCGGCCUUUGUUGCCACAGCCAAUGCUUUGAACCUUCAAGUCGCUGCUAGUGGCGGUAAUGCUACCUCUCCUCUCCAGUAUGGGUUGAUGUUCGAGACUGACUAUCCAAGNGACAUCAACUAUUCAGGUGAUGGUGGACUUUAUGCCGAGCUCAUCCGUAACAGAGCAUUCCAAGGCAGUACUGAGCACCCAUCUACCCUUCUGGCUUACAACUCGGUGGGAGGUACAUCUCUGUCGCUGAAGAACUUGUCUCAGCCCCUCUCCAGUGCUCUGCCUACCUCUAUGAACGUUGCCACCGCCAACGCCACGGGCAACGAGGUUGGUUUCUCAAACACACCGACUACUGACACAAUCGCAGUNGGAUACUGGGGCAUUGGCGUCCAGGUUCAGAAGUACACCGGUUCCUUCUGGGUCAAGGGAUCCUACAAAGGCGAAUUUACUGCAUCUCUCAAGUCUGACAUCACCAACGAGACAUUCGCUACCGCACAGGUGCAGUCGCAAGCCUCUCCCAACGAGUGGGUCCAGCACAACUACACCUUCACCCCUACCUCUGCCGCACCAAACUCGAACAACUCGUUCUACCUCACCUUCGACAAGUCUGGGGUCAGUGGUGGAUCGCUUGACUUCAACCUGAUCAGUCUCUUCCCUCCCACUUUCAAGAACAGACCCAAUGGUCUGCGUGCUGAUCUCGCCGAAGCACUGGCGGCGCUCAAUGGCAAAUUUCUUCGUUUCCCUGGAGGCAAGUCUGACCAUCAAGCAUUGCAAGCACGCAGAACUGACAAGAUGUANGGCAACAACCUCGAGGGAGACACUCCACCAUACCUCUGGAAGUGGAACGAGACGAUUGGUCCUCUCAAGGAUAGACCCGGUAGACCCGGUACCUGGGGCUAUGAGAACACCGAUGGGUUGGGUCUGAUUGAGUACCUCCACUGGUGCGAGGAUAUGGACCUUGAGCCUGUCCUUGCUGUUUGGGACGGUUUCUACCUCGGCGGACCAGUGACUCCACAAGACCAACUUGAACCUUGGAUUCAAUUUGCUCUCGACGAGCUUGAGUUCUUGAUGGGUUCGACCAGCACGAAGUAUGGAGCACUCAGAGAAUCCUUGGGUUACCCUCAACCAUUCCAGAUCAACUACGUUGAGUUGCUGAUGUAUUGCAUANNGAUCGGCAACGAAGACAACCUUGGCGGUGGAAACUCCAGUUACUCUGCUUACCGUCUCCCCAUGUUCACCAGCGCUAUCAAGGCAGCCUACCCUGACAUCACCAUCAUUGCAUCAACAACUACUGUUGACCCCAUCCCUGACCACAUUUCUCUCGACUACCACGAGUACUCCAGACCCGAUAACUUUGUCAGAGAGUUCAACCUGUUCGAUCAUUACAACAGAAGCCAUCCCAUCUUGAUCGGCGAAUACGCCGUCAUCGAGGGUAACAACGCCAGUAUGGCUGGAGUGGACUGGAGCUCGAACAGAGAGAGAUUGGCUUUCCCGUCCUGGGAGGGCAGUAUUGCUGAAGCCGUCUUCCUUCUCGGAGCCGAACGUAACUCAGACAUGAUGAUCGGAGCAUCGUAUGCCCCAACAUUGCAGAACCUGAACAGCUACCAGUGGACUCCAGACAUGAUCAGCUUCACUGCAGACCCGACCAAGGACGUCUUGUCGACAUCCUGGCACAUGAUCCAGCUCAUGGCUAACCACAUUGUGACCGAGACUCUGCCCACGACUGGCGGCAACUUCGGACCUGCCUACUAUGUGGCUGGAUACAACAACCAGACGGGAUCUCACAUGCUCAAGACAGCCGUGUACAACGCUACAAGCGAUGUUCCGGUCUCAGUGUCUUUCAAGGGUGUCUCUGCAGGCGCCACUGCGACGCUGACAGUUUUGACUGCACCAAGCCAUAACAGCUACAACGCUCCUGGCAAGGCAGAAGUCGUGACAUCGACCAACACUACCAUCACAGCCUCUGCUGAUGGCACCUUCAAGUUCGAGCUCCCCAACCUCAGUGUCAGUGUGUUGGAAGUGCACGGCAGAGCAACAUACUGGUCAGGUAGCUGGGGUGGAAAGCGUGGUGCUUGGGGUCACGGUGGAUUUGGAGGUUGGACUCCCAGUUUUGGCAGCUGGGGAAUGAACAACUGGAAGGGCACAGGGCACAACAAGAGAGAGAUGCCCAAGGGCUACAAGGAGGUGGUCUUCUAG